UUCGAUCUCCUUCAUUUCGGCGGGAAGGUAGCAAUCGGAACGUGUUGACUGUGCCCAUUGCGCUGAAUGACGACGCAGUAGCGUUACGAUGUAUGCUGAAGUGAUCGUGGACAUGUCGCUGAUAAGAUGCUGAAUCAUCUCUUUCAUCGAUUCGUGCAUUCGUCCGUGUCCGGCUCGAUAAACAAGAACGUGCGGGAACCGGAGAAGCAUGCUGUCUCGGCACUCUUGCGUUGAAACGAAUUGCGUGUUCAUUCGAGUAUGCGAAGCAGCUGCGAUUCCUGGCAUAGCACAGAUGACGCUGGAGGUGCUGCUGCGAUUCGCUGUUGUCAUUUUCUGAAGUCUGGGGAGAGACCGGCCGGGGGAUGUGGCCAACAAUAAUACAACUUUAUCGCACGUUUAUGAGGUGCUCCAGGUGCGACAAAUCCCUGAGCAACUGGUACUUCGAAAAGGAUGGCAUGCUGUUUUGCCGCGGUGACUACCUCUCGACGUACGGUGAAUCGUGCCAGAACUGCUCGGCCGUCAUCACGGGGCCUGUCAUGGUUGCAGGGGAACACAAGUUUCACCCAGAGUGCUUCUGCUGUACGAGUUGUGGAGCGUUCAUCGGUGACGGCGAUUCUUAUGCCCUGGUGGAAAGGUCGAAGCUCUACUGUGGGACAUGCUACAAGCACCACAUGCAGCCCCUGUCCAAAAAGUCUGAGCUAAAAGGACCGCACAGCAUCCAGUUGGUGGAGAUCCCCAUGGGAUGCAGCAGUGCGCGAAGCAUCAAGCUCAGCGCUGAUUCACGCAGUCUUCAUUCGGGGGUUCACAUAGCAGACCUCGACAUGAACCCGGACUUGAUGGCUUUACACAUUGGAGACAAGAUUCUCGAAGUGAACGGAACGCCUUUGAAGCACCAGUCUUUAGAAGAGAUUGAAGAUCUGAUUAAGUCGACCAACAAAGUCCUGCAGCUGACCAUCGAGCACGACCCCAAUAGCACCCUUCCGCGCUGCCCGCUGCUUUUCCCAUCACGAAGGAAAGCGUUGAGUGACAAAGAACGCCGGUACAAAAAGAAGGACGAUGGUAGCGGACCCGCGAACAGCCGGGCCAGGCAGCUCAAGCGAUCAACUGGUGUGCGGGAACGUUCCUCAUCCUUACCACGUAUGCUAGUCAGUGAUCCUCCUACAAGCAGCAGCCAGGCCUCUUUUGACCUCAACCGUACAAAAUCCUUCCGCAUCGAACCAAAGAGUCAGAGGAUUUUUCGAGCCUCGGACCUUGUUCAGGGAAAGCUUCUCGGGAAGGGAUUUUUUGGCCAAGUUUAUCUGGUCACUCACAAGGAAACCGGAGAAGUAAUGGUGCUCAAGGAGCUGCACAGGCUCGACGACGAAGCUCAAAAGCACUUUCUCAAAGAAGUUGCAGUGCUCAGGUCAUUAAACCACGAAAACGUUCUACGUUUCAUUGGUGUGCUCUACCGCGACAAGCGGCUCCAUCUAGUGACGGAAUACGUGAGCGGCGGCUCGUUAAGGGACCUGCUUCAUGAUUCUUUAGAGCCGUUGCCAUGGGAACAACGAGUCAAUUUGGCGAGAGACAUCGCUGCAGGCAUGUGUUAUCUACAUUCCAUGAAUAUUAUACAUAGGGACCUCAAUUCUCACAACUGCCUUGUGAAAGAGGACCGUACUGCUGUGGUGGCUGACUUUGGUCUGGCACGCAUUAUGAACGACCAGACGACUCACUCCGCAGCGAGACGCUUCUCUCCGGCGACGGGAGUGAAACGAACCACGCCUCGGAAGCACGAACGCAAGAAGCGUUACACUGUGGUGGGCAAUCCGUACUGGAUGGCUCCCGAAAUGAUGAAGGGCAAGAAGUACGACGAGAAGGUGGACAUCUUCUCCUUCGGGAUUAUCAUGUGCGAGAUAAUUGGCCGCGUGCAAGCGGACCCAGACUACUUGCCGAGGAGCAACGACUUCGGGCUCAACACAGUUUUAUUCAAGGAGAAGUUUUGCGCAAAUUGUCCAGAGUCAUUCUACAAGAUUGCCUUUCUCUGUUGCGAGAUUGAUCCCGAGAAACGGCCUCCAUUUGAGCUGCUCGAAAAGUGGCUCGCCGGGAUAUCCCUUCAUCUUCUGGUGGAGAGUCCCCUCCCUCAAGAUCUGCAAAGUGACAUUCUGAAUUACUCCUCAUCCGAAGUUGCUUCCUGGUCCUCCUCGCCCGAUUCCAGCCCCGAGCCCGUGCGAUCCGAGGCACUUCUGCCUCCCCUGCGCACAAUCAGCGAACAAGCAUUAGACUCUCCGCACUCGUCGCUCGAGCUGGUGUAGCGCAGGGCUCCGGAUGUGGGACGGUGGAUAACGCGGAGCACGGUAAUACGGAUGCAGUGCUCUCGACGGCAAAGUCACGGCUCGGGUCGGGCACUGCUGGCGACAUUCCUGUCUGAAAUCUUCAAUCGGUGGUUCGAUGGCCCGUAUUCGGUUUUUGUUGCCUUCGAAGGGGGCUGUAGCGGCAUCGCAUCUGAAGGUACGGCGUGUGCCAGGGGAUUUCAAUAUUUCGUUUGGAUUGGAUUGGAUAUUGGAUCCUAACAGGAUAAAUGAUCUUGCAACAGCUGGAGUUUUCAAAUAGGAUAGAUAGGGACGGCUUUUUAGGGUUAUACCCGAUUAUGCCCGAUACUUAUUUGCCGAUUCAAAUCGUGGGGGGAAAACGGAAGGGGAAAACUAAUCAUGAGCUGUCGAUUUCAGACAAGUGUGUCCCAAGCAGUACAAUAUCAGUGUGGUGUAGAUAGUGCCUCGUGAAGGUAGGGUUAAAAGCGGCCAAACCGGCUAUUUACCCUGUAUCGUAUUUUAAAUCAACAUUGCUCAAAGACUCGCGAAAUGCGUAUGCCAUGAGCAAAACGUUACACGCUUCCACAAAUUUUCUAAAAGAACUUGCAAGACUUUGUAGUGUUUUGAAAGGGUAGAUGAUGUCACAAGCUCUGGCGUUCGUCAGCAUGCUCUUUCCCGUUCCCCACACCCAUCACGCAUUGGGAAAACUACCAGCUGCUCUGGUGAGGAAACGGAAAGGCGCACUGUUGCCAGACAAGCGACAGAUUGCUAGGGGCAGACCCAGACCCGCACAUUGGGGGAGGGAGAUUCAUUGUCGAAGCGCCUAAUUGGGGAGGGGAGAGGAGGAAAGCUAAUAUGUAACCUGGUGUUUUUUGGGGGGGGUGGGGGUGAACCUCCCCCCCCCCCUUGAUCCGCCACUGCAGAUCACGCACAUUGUUGUGAUGUCCUACUUCUACAAGGGGCACUAAAAUGCCAUCACAUGUUCACACUUAAAAUUAUGUUACACGCGGUGUUCAUUUCGCCCUUGUCGUCGUAAUUUAAACCUUUGAUUCCGUUACGAAGCUACAAUCAAAAUUAUAGCGGGCUCUUUCUUGCCUCGGCACUAUGUAGUGAACAUCGCUACAGCUCGUGCAUCGGCUAUACAUCGGGUAUACAUCGGGUGCUUUUAGUGCAUGCUGCGAGUGAGCGAGCAAGCGAGCCUGCCACGCCAUGGAGCACUUCCGGCGAAAAACAUAGUGAUACACGCGAAGCACGCUGGUGUAGCAGUUUGAAGGAUGUGAAGAUAAUUGUUGUCACUAGAACAUUUGGGAUUACUGGUGCGGGCUACAAUUCAGUAAACUGGUCUUGAAAAUACAGCAAUACGCAUCAUGCCACGCAUGUACAGAACGCUACGACAGGACCCAUUCCACAUCCACAUGCGCACAAUAGGCUCACGCGCCUUUCUCCUGCUGUCUGAUUGGAUGUGGCCAAUCUGUGCUUCCUGAGGUCCCAUUGGCUGCAGCCAAAGAUGGCUCUGUUUUCGUUGCGUUUUUUUUUUUUAUAAACGGUAGCCGGUGUGAACUUAUUUAUUGUGUAUUAUACUAAUUGAAACAUGAACUUUCAUUUGAGAACACAAAUUUUCGCAUUUUAGUGCCCCUUUAAAAUUAAAAAUUACCGAAAAUUAAUCUUAUUUUUGUUACACUUCCGCAUUACAUGGGGGGGGAAAAAAAUUUUGCAGAAUUUCGUGAGAAAGAGUUUGCGAUGACAUAAAUUAGGCAGUAGAAUUCUGAAGACACGAGUGGCCACUUUUAACCCCUUGAUGCCCGUCAUCACCACUUUCGAAAACCAAAACGCCAAUUCAGCCACUUUGUAAAAGCACGGGUGAAGUCACGGGUAAGAACACGCAGGUGCUGCCUCUGACACCAGCUUCCGACAUAAACGCCAGUUUUUACCCCUGGAUUCUGAGAAAACACGAGGUCUAAGCAUAGAUUACAGUUUGCCAAAGCAAUCGAUAUUGCACAUGACAAUGCCUGCAAACUUAAUAGGGAAAGAAUGCCAUCUCUGACCAAUGCCUAUACAUUGCAUACUAUGUAACAUUUCUCUGGCUUGCGUUAGUGUAUGUGUAAGCCAUGUUUCCAGUGCCCUUUAGCGUGAUACGUAUGCAACUUGCAACCAAAGUUGGGAAGUGGCCAUAUAUUGCCGAGUUGGCUACGGCAUGUGUGUGUGUGUGUUAUUGAGGUAUUGGCCGUCUUUCUCAGGCAAUGCUCAAAGUAUGGGUCCUCCUAAACCCUGAGCACUAGAGUCACAAGCAGGCACCUGCACAGGGUAGGUAGCAUUGAAAUUUGUGGUUCAGGCCAACAGUUUAAAGAUGCUGUUAUAAACUGAAACUGCCUUCCAUGUUUCAGAACAAUGCGCCAUCUUCAUUUCCAAUGCAUCGAGGUUCUUGCACUUUUCAGUGCUUUUAAAACAGUGCCUUGAAAAUUUUAGACAAGUGUGUUCCACUAAAAUUCAUGGAGACAUGCAGGCUGUCAUUCCUACUUUCGUUGUUCAUUCCUGCAUGUGAACGUCUCAUCGGUACUUCGUCGGUACUUCGUCGGUACUUUCAUUGUUGUUCCUGCACACAAACAUCGCAGGGUAGACUUGUGACACAUUAAUUUAGAUUCGCUCAUCUCUAGCGCAGUAGCUCAGCUGCAGCUUCAUGCAGAUGUCAUCACCUGCAAGUGAGGAUAUCGUGCAGAAAGCAGUACGGCAAGACUACGAGCCUCAGAAUGACAUCAGACCUGAUUUGGACAUUAGCCAGAUAUUGAUGGGAAUAUUUAUCGAUUGUUUGAUUGCCAAAAUGGUCUAGAUUCGGAUGUACGCAGCAGCAGGCUGGAGCAGGUCGGUGCAGAUCAGUUUGGUGAGGAAUUUUUCUAGGCGUAAAAGUGUACAGCGAUUUCCUUUUACUUUCACCUGCGCGUACGUAAAAUAAUCUCCACGUGCAAAUCAAGCUGGUGCAAGAUCACAAAUCAGAGUUUAUUCCAUUGACUGAAGUCCUGCAGGAAGAACGACGCGAUUGACAAGAUUUCAUCAUGUCUCACACUGAAACAUCUCGCAAUCACUUUUAUUUUUUCACUACUUGUUUUUUUGUUUUUGUUUUUUCAGGGCACAGCAUGGUAAACUGAUGUUAGUUGGAUUUUUCACUGAACUCAAUGAACGUUCAAAUGUCUGGAUGUGCACCAGCACAUUUCUAUGGGAAAGAAAGAAAGAACAGCAUUUCUUUUUCACUUGGGUGACCUUUGGUUGCAUAGUUUUCUUACCAUUUCUUUAAUUUGAUCUUUUGAACUGUAUUUGUAUUGUAACUAGCUGACUCAGCUGAAUUUGAGCUGUACUCUAUCAGUUCCUUUAAAAACAGAUGCUCUACAGCUAAUACAUCCACAUUGCAAUUACGAUUAUCAGCGAUCCACUUGUAAAAUGAAGGAUCGCAGUCUCAGACCAAUCUGUGCGACUGUAUUCAUUUCAUUUCAUUCAGUCAGGUGUGUUUUCAUCUCAUUUUCAUUCAUAUUUAUUUUCUAGUUAACCUUUUAGAGGGGAAGAAGCAUGCCACAGUGCUGUCAAAGUGCAAUAAUCAAUCAUCUUUUAUGUCACAAUAGGAGUUGUCAUUCAUCUUAUUUCGUUUCAUUCAUUGUCAUGAGUUUCAUUAGCACCGGUUAGAAGAAAGGGUCCUUUUAACGUGUGGUAGGGUUGUUUUACUCCAUGUAACAUUGGCAGCAACCAUUUACGUCGUCGUGGGAAAGCUAAGCUAGUUAUUUCUGCAGAAGGGCCAACUUUCUCGGGAAUGCAGAUGCUAUAAAGUAGAGGAUUAAUUAAUUAAUUAAUGUUUUUUCCUGCAGGACUUUGGAGGAACGUAGUAAGACAGCAGUAUUCCAGAGACUUUUACUUUGUCCAGCAAUGGGCUCCAUUGCAUCGGUAUCUUCAAACAUUUGCGCAUCUCUUUUUAAUAGUAGCGUAUCUUGCUUUUCUUUGAGCACGUGUCGGCUUCUAACCUGUUCAUUCCAGUAGCACUGUUCAUGCCUCUGUAUGUACGUAAUUGUCUGUCUUAUAUUCUUGCUUGGUAGGUAAUUUCCAGCAGAUCAGUUGAGUUUUCCAGAGGUGCCUAGCAACAUGGGCUUCCUAGAGGUAGUAUUUACCUGCGUUUCUCGGUAUCCCAUUUCACUCAAGAAACAGGAUGCAAACAAAACCGUUUAUCACCAGUUGAAAAUUAUUAGUGGCUGGCAUUUGUUACAGGCAGGAUUUUGCCUAAACACAGCAACCUUCGGUUUUUCGUGACAAUGUUGGGCAGGAGUCACCUCGUGACCAGAUGGAAAAAAUCUUUUUGCAACGAGAAUGCUUACAUGCUAGAACAUUCAGAGCAUGUUCGGUUACUUCAAACACGACGAGGAAAUGCAAAAAAGAAAACAUUUUCUUCGACAUUUUUAAUCGUGUUUCAAGAAUGCUUAUGCAGUGUCGCACGGUGUCCUGCAUAAGGAAUUUCUCUUGUCAUGUUGGAAAAUACUGAGAUUUUUCAAAUACCGAAGCAAAUAAUUGCGCAUUCAGUUCGAGUUCUGAAUCGAAUGCGGAGUUCUAUAUUCAACUUUCAAUUCGAAGCAACGUCUCUUCCAAACCGAAUGUGUUAGAAUAGUUCCGGAGCUGUAUUCGUAAGCCCAAAAAUGUUGGACGAGAGGGUAUAAAAUGAGUGCUGCUUCAUGUGAAGAUCUGUAUACAUAUAUCAUGUGCGCAUAUGCUGUAUAGUAUGUGUUCAGUUCGGUUACAUAAUUAUUCGCUCGGGUUUUAAAAUUACUAUUGGAAAUUGCCAGGAAAUUAUACCCUGGAAAAUGCAAAAGCGUCGUGGUUUUAAUAAUCACGCAGGGUCUUACAUAAUUUUUGCUAGAGUGUGGAAUGAUACUUACUUUACCACUGGUACGUCCGAAAUAAUGACUUCCUGCAAUUAUACUACAAGUACAAGAAAUGUAUCGCAUCAUCAUUUAGUCUUUGUACACAGCACAAUUUCAGAUGAGCCGAGGAAUGCCAUACAUUAUGAAGCAGACCUUCUGAUACCCCGUUGUUGUUGUCACACACCCCUUUGCAUGCUUGCUGGGCACUACGGGUGAAGCCAUAAUUGUUUUUUUGUCCCGGUGUGGACAAGACGAAAUCAAAAUGGUUGCCGCUGAAAACUUUUACAGGGUGUUACAGGACUGUGCUGCCUUGUAGUACGUGCAUUUGUGAGUAAGCGGUUUGAUAGGCCGUGUAACAUCUCUCUCUCUCUCUCCCCCCCCUCUCUGUCUAGUUCAAAUACACAGGUAAUUCGUCAAUCCUGUUCUUUUUUAUUUUAUUCUUUCUCUCUCUCUCUCUUUUUUUUUACACCUACAGAUUUUUGCACAUUUUCUGUGUAUAUAUGCUAUAUACUUGUAUGUAUACAAUUGUUAAGUUAUUACAAGGUACUAUAUUUUUGAUACCUUUGGUUUUUAUCUCGAGACCCGGUCAUGUGUACUUACAAGGAAGAGAUUUUACAGAUCUUUACUGGUUUCUUUUCUUUGUCUUUUUUUUUUUUUUUUUCAUUUUGUGCUCUUUGUGCCGUACAUUCCAAGCAAAAGAAAAGUCCUAUACCUGAGCUGCCUCUAACUGGCAGAAUUUUCGGAACUUGUAUUAUAAUUUUGUUCUUUUAUUUCAUUAUUGCAGUAGCCAAGUCUUAAAUGCCAAGUAUGACUGUAAUAUGAUAAAUAAAUGAAGCUCUUAUGUCACUGA